AUGACAGAGUUAACUGCAAAAGUAAGUAGUGGGCUUCGGCCUUUCUCAGAAGUGACUCUUCAGGCCCUGGGCCAAGAUGAAGCCACAGGAGAAUCUGGGCUUCGAGGAAAACUUGCUCCAGGAAUAAAUGGACUCGCUUGCUUGACUUGUGGUCCACAACUGGAGGUCUUACACACCUUGACAGGACAAAGGGUAUCGGCAUAUAGAUUUCGGGGAGCGAACGAGGAACCUGCUGUCAUUCUAGCUGUCAAGGAAUUCUUGUGGCACAAGAAAAAAGGUUUGCUCGUUGUACUGGAAGACAGUGAAGGGAGCAUCCUAUGUCUUUAUGACUUCAGUAUUUCCAAAGUGGUGAAAGCAGUGGUGAUUUCAGGAAGGGUAACAGCUAUUGAACCUCUAAGUAAUCAGGGAGGACCAAGUGCAGCCACUGAGAAUUUACACCCCAGUUUGCAAGGGCUCUUUGGUGUGGUUGCAGUGGCCACAGAUAUUGGACAGAUCCUGCUGAUAGACCUAUCUCUGGAUGACCUGCCAUACAAACAGACUGGACUAAAUGCAUCGCUUCUUCAACUCAUGACUGGUAUUCCAGAUGAAGUACCACACCUCAGAGAACGUGCUAGGCAAAAAGGACGCCAUCUGGGUUUCGAGCUAGUAGGCCCAUCAGGAACAGAAAUUUCAACUCUGGUUUACAUAAAUCGCACAAACCAACUCGCCGUAGGGUUUGCUGAUGGCUACAUAGCACUCUGGAGUAUGAAAAGCGUGACAGAAGACUAUUACACACAGUUGAAAGGAGGAAGAACACCCAUAUGUGCUACUACUUUUCAAGAACCUGAGAAUGAUCCUAACAAUUUCUGCUAUUUGUGGGCUGUUCAGUCGAAACAGGACAAUCAAGGGGGUGUACUGAGUUUGCAUCUACUUCAGUUGCGCUUUCGUGAUAAAAAAUGUUUGGCAUCAUGACAAAGCUUAUAUGAGGGGUUGCACUUCUGUGAAGAAAGUUACACACUGGACCUUACAGAAGGCAUAUUUUCUUUGACUGGACAGACUAACACCAAAUUCUUAGGGUGUCAGAGUAUAGAGAAAUUUCCAUCUCAGAGUGAUAGGGAGGAAGGCCAGAAUGAAACUCUCUCUCCUGACACCAGUGUUUUCAUCUUUACCUGGCAAGUGAGUACAUAUGGACAGGAAAAGCCUUCUGUAUAUUUGGGGAUAUUUGAUAUUAAUAGCUAGUAUAGUGCACAAUUGCCUGAUGCACUAGAAUCGGAUGAAUAUCUACAUAAUUGCUCUUAUUUUGCUCUGUGGUCCCUGGAUUCUGUAGUAAGUAGGUUUUUUCCACAUGACAUCUUGCAUAUCUUAGUGCAUGAGAGGAGUUUAAGUCAAGGAAUUCCUCUUUUCCAUCCACCUCCUGAGGAGUUUUUUAAUCCAAGAUGUCUUAAUUUUGAUGCUACUUGUUUGAUGAACUCAGGAGUGGUUCACAUCUGCACUGGUUUUCAGAAAAAGAAUCUGAUGAUUUCAGGUGCAUUAGAGCAAUCUCUCAAUAGAGUCAUUCCUGAUCAUUAUAAUCAAUGUCUUGCAGCUGACAUGUCAACAAAAUUUCUUGAUAUCCAACCUUCAAAUAUAAGUCAGCAAGACCAAUUAGAAGUUUUAUGGUCUGCAGUAGCCCAAACAAAUUUCCUUGCACUUAUGUUUAGAUGCAUAAAACAAUGGGCAUCAGAACACCCAAAUUCUGCCACUAAGUUGCACUUUGUUCUUGAAUGGACAUGGAAUAAAGUGAAUGUCAUAAAAGAAGAGUUGGACAGACUGUGUGCACCGUUAUUUGAUGGCUCAUGCCAUAUCAUUGAUCCUCAGACUAUACAGUCUAUCCAUCUUUGUCAUUUGCUUCUGAGCCAACUUAAUAAAGUUCUAAAUUGUUUGUUAGCAGAGGCCAAAAGCAUGACUGAGACAAGCAUUAUCAGCCUGAACAAUAAACGUAUAUGUACUCAAAUAACAUGUCAGUACAUACAAGUGGUUCUUUGGUUCUGUCAUUUUGAGCUUCUACCAGAGGGCAUCCAUGAUGCUGUGCAUUUAAGAAGUUUAUACUAUAACUACCCUAUAAUUCAGGAAUACUACACUAGUUGUCAACAGAAAUGUGAGAGUUUAUCAAGUGGGAAAUGGAAUCCUGACUACCUGAUCAUUGAUGGACUGGUUUCUCGCCUAGGAAAUAGGAUUGAGAAUUUGUGGAAAAACGAUGAAGGUAGCACUGGAAAAUAUCCUCCUCCAAGUCUGCAUGCACUGCUUGACAUAUACUUACAUGAUAAUAUUACAGAAGCAAGCAAACAUGCAGUUACCAUCUAUUUGCUGCUAGACAUUAUGUUUUAUUUUCCAAACAAACAGGAUUCUGCCAUUGAAUCAUUUCUUAAGGUUUUUGCCAUUUCUUAUAGCCAGCUGAAACUGAUUAAAGGUUUUUGGUAUAUAGAUCAUAAAAUUUAUGAGAGGGCUUUGGAACUUCUGUUUCACCCAGCCACAGUCAAACCUUUGCCAUGGCAACAUACAAUGAUUCUUCAAGCUUUCAUAAGUCACGGUGAGCACAGAAUCGCCCUCAGAUAUAUCCAUACCAUGAAACCAAUAAUGUCCACAGAUGAAGAUGUUUGCCUUCACCUCACCAUUUUGAUCUACAAUAGGUGUGUGGCUGAGGCCUUAAGUUUGCUGCGGCAACAUUCUAGUAGUUUAAACAGAAAGGACUUAUUAAAGCACACUUAAGACAUGUGCCAGAAAAUGGGCCUUCUGGAGGAUUUACUAAAGAUACCUCUGACAGACACUGAAGAGGACUGUUUGAAAAGAAUUGUGCAAACCAGUAACAAUAUUCAGAAUCAUAACUUCCUCUUACCUCACCACUUACAUCAUGCCAAUUACAUCCCUGCCUUGAAGCUGAACCAAACUCUGCAGAUGAAUAGCAUGAAUGAUAAUGAUCAUCUUAUGCAAGCGAGAUCUCGGGUUCGAAAUAUCAUAUUAGCCCAUUGUGAGAAAGGGGUUCCUAGAGUUGAGCAAAAAGUAACAAUUGAAAGAGCUAAGCCAUAUAGUCGCUCAACAACCAUUGUUCAAGAAAUUGCUACACCCAAAGUGUUACCAGCAUUUCCAAAGCCAACUUUAAAGAGAACUGUGUUGUCAAGAUCUGUUUUCAUCAAUAAAGUUUUGUCUGACUUGGAGACAGUUGGCACAAACAGUAAACCUAACACUGGCGUUUCUCUUUUCACCAGUCCUAGAAUAAAAGAAAUCUCUGCUGUAGUAUCUUCUCUCACAAUAUCUGAUGCUUCUGAUGGAACCCCAAUUUCACAAGCUUCACAAAAAAUUUCUAAACAGCUGAAUAUGGCUGAUUAUCCUGUAUGUCAGCCUUCUCAAUGUAUGAGGGUGCUUCUACAAAGCCCCACCAAAUCUCCUUUGGACCUACCAUCUUAUUUAAUGCCAGUAAAUUCAUGUGUCAAAAGAUCUUGGGACCAAAUAACCAAGGCUAAGGAAUUACAUUGCCUUGAAACUCCUAUUAUGGCUAAGAAAGCUAAAUUUUUGGCCACAACAGUUACUGCCUCUGGAUUUGCCAAAUCUAGUCCUCAAUCCAUUUUAAAGUCUUGUCUUCCAUCAAAUUUAACAUCACCCUCUUUGUCUUCAGGACCUUCCCUUAUUCCUUUACAACAAACUACAGUUUCAUUGAGGGAAGAGGGUAUAACUGCAAAAUGUUCAACUGAAGUUGCCUAUGACAACAAAACAUAUAUAUGUGUUACUACAUCACCUCAUUCAAUUCUAAAAAAACGUGACUCACUGAAGACCUGAAAGAAGGUAUCUUUUUCCUUAGACCAUCAAGAAAAUGACCUUCAAGAAUUGCAUGUAAAGCUGCAGGAUACAUCCUCACAUUGCUUGGAGAAAUCAGAUGUGAGCAAAGGAAACAGCAGUGCUUCAAUCAUAUUCGACCAGACUUCCAGGGAAAAUCAUAAUGCAGUAUCACCCAAAGACUUUGAAGGUAUGUUUACACCCUUGAAAACUGUGAGCUCUUCUACUAAACUAAUUGCUAAUGUAACAAAAGAAGGGCAAGCUGGAAGUCCUAAAUUGCCAAGACUUUAUGAUACUGAGAAUACCAAAGAUAUUUGGGGGGUUUUAAAUGUGCCUCUUUUGAUAUUGUCUCAAAAUCAGCAAAAACCUCAAAAGUCUGUUAUUGUUAGGAGAGGGAGGAGAAGACUAAUAUGUUCAAACACAUCAGAAAGUUCAAAUGCUAUGCAACCAGAGUUACCAAUUAUGUCAGGAAGGGAAAAAAAUUCAAAAUCCUCUCUGCCUUUGGAAUCAACAAUUCAAACUUCAUCUAGAAAAGAAGGUGAAAAUAGAAGUUCUAAAGGAAUUUAAAAAACUACAGAAAAUCAGGACAAUAGUGAAGGCAUGAAUGAAGCAAAUGAUAGUAAAACAAGAAGUCCUAGAAGGAGUAUCAGGAAAUUGAGAUGUGCUAAGUUAGAAGCUGCUGAAAAUGCAGAAUGUAAACAUGACUUAAAGUCCAGUGAAGAGCAACUGUUUACUAGCCACAGUAAAAUGAUGAAAGUUCAAAAAAUUAGUAGAACCGUUGCAAGAGAUUUUCCUAUUUCUGAAUCAUUCCUGACAGCACAACAAGCAGAAGUUUCCAUGUCUGACACACCUAGGAAACAUGGUAGACCAAGACACAUAAAUGCUGAUGAUGUAACUCCCACAGCUCAUGAGGAGAGAAGUCCCAAAAAGAGAAAAGAUCUUAGCAUUCAAAGGAGAUCUACAAGAAACACCUCAGCUACAAGGAAAAAUACUCAUGCUGGAGAACGAGCUUCAGAGAAGUCAGUUUCAGUUCCAAAAGAGGAACUUGAGACACUGUUGAGCCCCAAGUAA